UAACUGACCGCUGUUUUCCCGCAGGCGACGGUGGUGGUGGCGGCGGGGGGCCUGGCGCUUGCUCGGCCGUCCAAGAAUCCCAGCGAUGCCGAGGAGCCCGCAACAGCCCCGCAGCUGCAGGGCAAACUUGUGUCCAAGUUCCUCGGGAGGGACAAGGGGUCAUCCUCCCCGCCCCCCGCUGAGGCCGACGACUCUCCAGGGCAGGAACCUACAGAGACGCAGCCUGCGACAACGGAACAAACAGUUGAAGUACAGGAAGCGCCAACAGAGGAGAAGAGUGGCGCAGCUCCUGCUGUGGAGGGAGAUUCCACUCCUCAAGAAUCAGCCGCUACUGAGGACGCUGCUGCGGGAGUCGAGGAGAGCAAGUCCACACCUGGCACGAACGAGGGGGCGGCGGAGGAACCCCAAGGCGACGCCUCCAACAACGAACCCACCCAAGCCGAGGCUUCUGACCAAUCCACAACCGAAGGAGAUGCGUCGGAUACAAGAUCGCCAAAGAGUAUAGACCAGGGAGAUGCUAUCCAAUCACAAACAGCACCCGAAGAUAAGAAAGCCGAUGGAGAGGAAAAUAAGACGGCUGAAAGCGACAAGGAGGCGGUGAACGACACUGAAAAUACAGCUGAAGGAAGUAGACCGAUGGCCGAGGAAGCUGCAAGCACGACCAACGAUGGAAGUGAAACGACUGGCGAGGAGAAAGCAACAGGAAACAAAGCGGCAACGGCUGGAGAUCUCGUUACAGCUGAAAAUUCGGAAACAGACGAUGGAAGUGAUGGUGAGUCUGCAGAGACAAAGGAUGAGGAAAAUCUAUCUACUGGUGAAAAGGCAGAUAAAGAUAAAGACCUCGACGAGGACCACGACGACGAUGAUGAUGCCACUGAUAUGAACGGAAAGAAAGAGGAAAGUGAGAAUGAUACGGCUCAAGGAGCAGCGGCGGGUUCAUCCUCAGCAGCAGCAGAGACUCAAGGUUCAGACGACAGGCCGCAGAGGAACGCUGGCCCGCACCCUGACCUCGCGGAUGGCCAAAAAGUCGAAGCUGAAACUGAGGGACAUUCAGGGACAGAAUCAGAGCCCGAAAGUGAACCGGAACCAGAGAUUGAACCAGAACAUAAGGCAGAACCAGAACCAAAGGCAGAACCAGAACCAAAGGCAGACCCAGAGCCAAAGGCAGACGCAGAGCCAAAGGCAGACCCAGAGCCGAAAGCAGAGCAAGAACCCAAGGCUGAACCAGGGGCAGAACCUGAGUCAAAGGCAGAACCAGAACCCAAGGCUGAACCAGGGGCAGAACCAGAGUCAAAGGCAGAACCAGAACCCAAGGCUGAACCAGAGUCAAAGCCAGAUCCAGAACACAAGGCAGAACAAGAGUCAAAGGCAGAACCAGAAGCCAAGGCAGAACAUGAGUCAAAAGCUGAACCCAAACCGGAGGCAGAACCAAAACCGGAGGCAAAACCAGAGCCAGAGCCAAAAGAUGAAUCCAAGGCAAAGCAUGAUGAAUCCACGACAGAAAGUGUGCCAGAGAAGAGACAAACAAUGGAGACAGAACCAGAACAAGAGCCAGAAACUGAAACUGAAGCAGAGCCAAACGCCGAACCGAAACCAAAUCCAAAAGCAGAACCGGAAGCAGAGCCAAAAUCUGAAUCUGAGCCAGAGCCAGAAGGUGAGGCAAAGGCAGAACCAGAGCCAACCACAACAGAGGCUGAAUCUGAGGUUACCACCCAGACAAUGUUACCAAGUGAACCCCAGGCCCAGACAGCAGAGGAGCCCAAGGCAGCGACGGAAUCCACAACAGACACGGAGGCGAAGACAGGAUCAAGUGAACCUAUCUCGGCGAGCGAAUCUGUUACUCAUACUGAAGUAGCGGCUCCGUCUGAACAAAAACCUGAGGACUCCGCGCAGGACCAUCACGCCGAAGAAUCUGGCGCAGAGGAAAGCGAGAUAAAGACGGAACCUGAAGUUGAACAUGAAAGUGAAUUUACUGCGGCCAAAACCGAGCCAACCACGGCCACCGAAGCGCCCAGCAACACGGAGAAUAAAACCGAAGGCGUGGCAGAAGCUGAAGCACCCGACUCCGCCACUGAAACGGAAACUGAACCUUCAAAACACGAACCCGAAAACGAAACUAACUCCGAAACCACGAACAAGUCGACCACCGAAGAUAACGAAGACGCCAGUGCAAAAAGUAAGGGAAGGAACGACUUAGCAGAGCCGAGCAAAGAUGAAAUUAGUGAAACCGAAACCUCAACCGGGGAAAUUGAUGAACAGGUGGGAAGCGAAAGUGAACUGCACGAGACACGCAUCCCACACGACCACGAGGGGGAAAGCCACACGACAGAAGAAGGAACCCACGAAGAUGCCAACUUGGAAGCCAUCCUCGCCAUGGAGCGGGCCCAUAACGCAACAAUGGAGCAGGAGACAACAGAGCACCAGGAGCCACCGACCACAGACACGCCACUCACAAGCAUUUCAAGCGACUUCAAGAAUAACGUCUACUUGAGGAGCGACAUGCCUGGCGAGGACGAUGUGAAAGAACCAAGUGACAAUGAGGAAGAGAACGCCCAUGAGAACGACUCCUUGGCUUCAGACUCACACAAGACGCAUGAAAAAGCUGAAAACACGACGGAGAAGUUGACUUAUCCUGACAGUGAGAAACCCUGCGACUGUAAGGAGUCUCCGGAGAUGAAGGCUGCUCUGGACAAACUGGAUGAGCUAAAACGAAAACAAGCUGCAUGGGACCAGCAACUCAAACCUGAGAAGACUUCCACACCUGUAAAACCCGACACCCAGCAGGUUUCUGGAAGUCUGGUGGUGGGGGGAGGAAGCAAUAUGGAGAUUGUGGUGGUGGAAGGGGUGGUUCACGGUGACGGAAACCAACCAGUCAUGAGCGAAUCACUGGUGAUGGCUGACUCACGACUAGAAGUAAACACGGGAAAGACAGAUGACAAGGAUAAUUCUGAAUUUGAGGCUGGUGACAAACAAUCAAGAUUACCGGCAACAAUAACAACAGCAACAAUGUCAGAGGAGGAAAGCGAUGCAGCAAGCCAGUCUUCGGAGGAGUCCGAUGAAUGUAAGGAGCACGGGAACCACGUGACGGAGGUUCCACACACAGACCACCUGACUGUCAAGCCCACCCAUGACUCGUCUGAGGAGGAAACACACCCGGAACACGACGAACACACAAGUAAUGAAAGUGAAUCAACAUCAGAGUCAACGGUAAAGGCAACAGCAGAAACACACCACAGCCAUUCCCACGACAAAGUGUCAACGGAAGAUACGAGUGGAGAAGAGCAGGACGAAACUCAUGAUAAGGAUGCAUCAGAUACAGAAAAGGACACGAAACAUGGGGAGGAGGAUGACAAACACAUGCCUGAGGAUUCCACGGAGUCUCCCCCGCCAGCAGAUGAAAAGAAAGUACAUAAGCCGCAAAAGGACAAGUCAAAAACAAAAACUGAAGAUGAGGAUGAAGCUGGGGCGGACGAAGAGACUAAGCAUACAGAGGAAACGUCCACGACUGAAGAUCACGAAACUGAGUCCGCGGAUACAGUCCCAGUGGCAGACGAAGAGGUCAAUGUGCAUCACGAGUCCGAGGUGAAGCAGGUCCCGAGUGUCUCAGGCGAUGGGGAGCUCGACAUCGAGGCCACAAUUGCAAUGACUGGGAAGAAACCCGACAUCAAAAUCAAAACAAUGGAAAAUAUGAAACUAGACCCCAGUGCUACAUCGGCGCCAGUGCCUUCGAAAAAUAAGGAAACAAAACAAGAUGAAAAGACAACUAAGCAGAAAGUGGAUACGAAAGAAGAACAUAAAACUGAUCAGGAGAAAUCCCAUUCGACACACAAUGAGGAACCUGAAUCUGACUCACACGCAGAAUCUGAACCUGAAACGGAGACCACCACAACCGCACCCAAGGACCACAACUCCCACCAUGUGACUCACGAAAAUUACCACAUUGAAGAACCAACGGCAACUCAUGAGGAACCAGAACAAAACGAGAGGAUAGAAGAAGCACACGAGACCGAGGCCCACGAUGAACACGAGAUUAUGCAUAAAGAUGGUUCGGAUCAUGUAGAAACUGUAGUGGAAGACCCUGCUGACCACCACGAAGACGAAAAUGAUGAAGUCACGUCACAGCCCCUUAGUAACCAGGAGACAGCAGAGGUGAUGACCCUGAGAGACCUCGUUAUGACCACAAUGGCCGGCAUCCUCCCCGAAGGACCGGUCACCCUCCAGCCACCAACGGACACGAAGGCAGCGUCGACGGAGGGUGUGAUGGAGGAGCCCACCACGACGAUGAAGGACACGACGCCGGAGGAAAAGACGCAGACGAUGAAGACCAACGUCGUAAAACUGAACGUGCACGAGCCUGGGCAGGAAGCGGACGAGGACGCUGGCACCACCCCGAGCCACUGACGCCAGUAACUCACGUCCCAGCGCCAAAGACGUAUUUCCUCGACUUGUUUUGAGGGCGAGGAAGGAAGGGGAGAGAGGUUGUUUCUAGAGAGUAUAUUUCCGACGUAGAUAUUUAGCUCAAUUUCUGUAACUAUAUUCAGUUCUCAAUGGAAUGUAUCUGGUAACAGUGCAUGUAUUGUGGAGUAUCUGUUAAACUAUUUAGCUCAGUUACCAGGGCCGCUCCCUCCCGGUGACGCCGACCAACCCACCAACCCAUCAACCUACACCACUCCGAACACUAGGCGAGACGGAAUCCACCACACCAACACACACAGCACAACAGGACUCUAAAGAAGGGCACCCACACUCACCCACCCGCCAAGACCCACUCACCCACCUACCUACACCCACCAAGACCUACUCCCCACCCACCCACCCACCCCCCAACACACACACCAAGAACCAGGAUGUAUACGUAAAAGCAGCAUAACCAGAACACUAUAUAUAUUUUUUCGCUAUUUGUUUUCUGUACAUAAGUUUUCUGCCACAGCUACGUACGGACACAACAGAUGUAAAACGCAAACCCGACACCACAAAACUCCUAAAUCGAGGCCCUAUAACGUAGCCGUUUUAAGAUCCUAUUUAUGUAUACAGUUUUAUAAUAAAAAUACUAUUAUCGGA